AUGGAUGCAGAUACUAUCCUUGACGCUGUGGCCCCACGCGGCGGGAGGGCCAGGAGUGCAUGUGACCUGUGCCGGCAUAGAAAGAUUCGGUGCGAUGGAGAGAAGCCAGCAUGUGAGAAUUGUCGUUUUGCUGGCGUCACUUGUACUUUUACUAUCACUGGUCAACCGAGGAAGACCAUUAGAGAACAACUCGUUGAAGCCAAGGCUCGUGUACAAGAACUAGAAAGAUUCAUCGCUGGCCAUUCUCUCCCAGGAGCAGUUUCACCAAUCAUCCAGUUGCAGGAUGAAUUGCGAUCUGUCUCACCAUGUCCGCCGAUGUCGCUUUUCGCCGCGCCAUCGCAUCCUCAGGACUCAUCCGAUUUCGACACAGCCUUCGAAAUCUUUAAACAACAUCUGGAAAGUUCCUGGCCAGGCACUACUAACUCCCCUCAGCGCACCUCGUUCCAUGCCACUGUCUACCGCCAGACUGGUACUGUCUUGGACUUGCCCGGCUUCUUAGCCCGCGUGACAGAGUCCUACAAAGCCCAGUAUGCCUCCAUCUCGCCAACAGUGACCAGUCCUCAAUGGCCCAGCUACACGCUGAUCCAGCAAUGUCUCGACUACUACGUCGCCAAGGGCAUGUACUUGACGUUCCCUGUUGUGGAUGUACCCGCCUCCCAGGCUGUCCUUAAUGCCCUCGUCUCUGGUCGAACAGAUCCCGCGCCUACCACAGCAGACAAAGCCCAUCUCUUCGCCUUCGCAGCCUUUAUCACCAAGCAAAAUCACCACCAGCCGCAGUUUGCAGAUACAGAUCCGGACGCUUAUGUGCAGUCCGUACUGACACUCGUGCCUAAGCUGAUGCUUGAGCUAGCUAGUGUGGAGAAAUUAGAAACCUUUCUCAUAUUGGCCCUCCACAUCGCCCCAGCUGGCUACCCUCAACAAGCCCAAAUCCUCCUCUCAACCGCCAUCCGCAUAUUAUACCAAUUAGGUGGCCACCGCAUCACCCCUCUCCCAGAAUCAUCCCCAACCUACAGUAGCAAAAGCCAUUCCCACCUCCGCGCCAUAUUCUGGCUCUGCUACAGCAUGGACAAAGAAAUGUGCAUCCGCACCUGCUCACCACCUCUCAUCCACGACAUCGACGUCGACCUCAACCUCCCCCAAACCUACAUCGGCUCCACCACCCGCUCCCCCCAACCAUCUCCAUCUUCUCCAUCAUCAUUCUACGACACCUCCCAAAACCCCCUCCUCUACCCAACAGACAUCCGUCUCGCCAUCUUCAAAUCCCACAUCUACAACCGCCUCUACUCCAGCCACGCCCAAUCCCUCCCGGAGGCCCGCCGUCUCGCGCAUAUCCGCCAACUCGAUCAAGAUUUAAGUGAGCUGUAUGCCGAGUAUCCACUGGGACAUACUCCUUCACAUGCACAAGCACAUACUCCUAGUUCAGAACACAGCACCAGUACCAGCACUUCCAAUCAUCGUGAUCCAACAACAACAAUCCCCUCCAACGAAGACCGUAGUCAGAAAGUUAUCAAUAUCCGCCCCGUCAAUAUUCACCUCGAAUACCACUACUGUAUUCGCAAACUGCAUGAAGCGAGUAUCACGACUAGUUUAUCCGUCGUUUCUGCCCCGCUUGCUUCCAGUCUAGAGCUGUAUUAUCAGGCGUCCAGGUCGACGUUACUGUAUUAUUUGAAUUCUGGUCCUGGGGGGUUGGUCGAUCGGUUUAGUUUUUGUUUACUGAUACAAAGGAUCAUGUUGGGUGUUGGUUGGGUGUCUGUUUUGGGGUGGGAUGUCUAUUAUGCUAUUGUGUUACCGUUAUGGAGGUUUAAAAAAGAUGACAUAAGGUGGGAGAGAUGUGGUGGUCAAGUAGAUACCGGUGAAUAG